AUGGAUGACGAUGAUUUAUUUGAUGCAUUUGAUUACCAACCAUCCGACGCCUCAUUUCAAGCAAUGCGAAAGGUAGAAAUGGCGAAAGUCAAUGAAGCUCGUACGAAUGCUGAUACUUUUCUUAAAAUGCUCGCUGAAGGAUUGGAUGAUAAGAAAACAACGAAUAAUACGGUCGGAACGGAAGAAAAAGUUGAUGACGAACCAAGUGUGAAUUUUGAAUUGGCAAACUAUAGGCGCAGUCAGAUUUUUUCAAUUGCAGUAGAAGGAAACUGUACUCAUGAAGUAGUUGUACCAGCAGGUAUGGAAUACACACCGCUCGUAUCGCGUACUUCAGAACCAGCCAAAAGUUACGAUUUUCAGUUGGAUGCUUUUCAGAAAGAAGGCAUAAUGUGUAUUGAUAAUCUUCAGUCUGUUUUGAUCUCUGCACAUACUUCAGCAGGCAAAACAGCAGUGGCUUUGUACGCGAUCGCAUUGGCUCUGAAGGAGAAACAGCGUGUGAUUUAUACAUCUCCAAUUAAAGCGCUCUCGAAUCAAAAGUAUAGAGAAUUACAGGAAGAAUUUGGGGAUAUAGGUUUGAUGACUGGUGACGUGACAUUAAAUCCUGAUGCAUCGUGCCUUGUUAUGACAACAGAAAUUUUACGCUCAAUGCUCUAUCGAGGAUCAGAAAUUAUGCGAGAAGUCGGAUGGGUUAUAUUUGACGAAAUUCACUAUAUGCGAAAUCAAGAACGAGGUGUUGUCUGGGAAGAAACGAUCAUUUUAUUGCCUGAUAACGUACAUUAUGUGUUUCUUUCAGCGACUAUUCCAAAUGCAAGGCAGUUUGCUGAUUGGGUCGUCUAUCUGCACAACCAACCAGUUCAUGUGGUCUAUACUGACUAUCGUCCAGUGCCUCUUCAGCAUUUCAUAUUUCCUGCUGGAGGAUCAGGAUUAUAUGAAGUUGUCAAUAUACAGGGUCAGUUUCGCGAAGAAAAAUUUAUAGACGCUAUGAGUGGGUUAAAACAGGCUGGUGAAGAAGGGCGAGGUGAUUUUCGAAAAGGAACGGAGAAAGGUGGCUCUGAUGUAAUGAAGAUUAUUCGUACAAUCAAGGAAAGAGAUAUGAUUCCUUGUAUCAUAUUUUCCUUCAGCCGUAAGGAAUGUGAAGCUUAUGCAACUCAAAUGAAGAAUAUGGACUUCAAUACAGAAAAAGAAAAAACAAUCGUUAAAGAAAUUUAUGUGAAUGCCAUAAGUCUUUUAUCUGAUGACGACCGACAUUUACCUCAAGUUGGUCAAGUAUUACCAUAUUUAUUGCGCGGUGUGGGUAUACAUCAUUCUGGAUUAUUGCCGAUUAUCAAAGAAGUAGUGGAGAUUCUUUUCGGCGAAGGUUUAAUAAAAACAUUAUUUGCAACGGAAACGUUUUCAAUGGGAUUAAAUAUGCCUGCCCGAACAGUUCUUUUUACUUCAGCAAGAAAAUUUGACGGCAAAGACUACAGAUGGAUAACCUCAGGUGAAUAUAUACAAAUGAGUGGAAGAGCUGGAAGAAGAGGUAAAGAUGAUAGAGGUCUUGUAAUUCUAAUGGUUAAUCAGCAGCUCGGAUCAGAAACAGCUAGACAAAUAAUCAAAGGCGAUCCUGACCCAUUAAAUUCACAAUUUCGACUUACUUAUAAUAUGGUCUUAAAUUUGUUAAGAGUGGAGGGCAUUAAUCCUGAGUUCAUGCUUCAGAAUUCUUUCUAUCAGUUUCAGAAUUACGAUGCUCUUCCUCGGCUACAUGAAAAUGUUGAUAAAAAAACGAAAGAACUGGCUGCUACAAAAGUUGAAAAUGAAAUUGAAAUUGCCGGCUACUAUCAAAUGAUCAAACAAAUUGAAUUCUUGCAGUCAACAAUUAGAAAAGUUGUUACUAAGCCCGUUCAUAUUGUUCCAUUUCUGCAAGCUGGUCGACUUCUUCGUAUUACGACCAAGGAGCAUGAUUUUGGUUGGGCUGCUCUAUUAAAUUUUCACAAGAAAACUAACCCAACCGAUCCGCUGAGUCCGUCUAUAAUUUAUGUUCUGGAUAUGGCUAUAUUACUUACGGCUGAAAGUGCCAGAGAUGUUUCGAAUGUCGCGCAGCUACAUCCUCCUUUACCAGAAGAAAAAGGUGUUAUUGAAGUUGUUCCUAUAUCAAUAGACUGUGUCUCUGAAAUAAGUGCAGUUAGGAUUAAAUUGCCUCAAAAUUUGAAGAGCUUCGAGGCUAAACAAAGUGUGGCAAGGGCUAUUAAUGCUAUCAAAAAGCGUUUCAAUAACAUAAUGCCACCACUGGACCCUUUAAAUGAUAUGAAAAUCAGGGAUGCUAAUUUGGAAGAAAAUCUAACAAAAUUAGAAGCCUUGGAACGAAGGAAAUCUACUCAUCCCCUCAGGCAAAUAUACAUUUUUUUGUUGCAAAAGAACUUUGAUGAUCUGUAUAAGGCUUAUGAAAGAAAAUUGGAAAUAGAAGCAGAAUUGAAAUCAGCAAAAGCAGAAUUGAAGAAAGCUCAAAAUUUGUUGCAGUUGGAUGAACUAAAAUGUCGUAAAAGAGUAUUAAGGCGACUGCAAUAUUGCGAUGAAAGUGAUGUUAUUACACCUAAGGGCCGCGUUGCAUGUGAAAUUAGCGCUGCUGAUGAAUUAAUGUUAACGGAAAUGAUGUUUGGUGGACUGUUUACUGAACUAACUCCACCGCAAUUAGCCGCUCUCUUAUCUUGUUUUGUAUUCGAAGAAAAAAAAGGGGCAACGAAACUUGCAGAUGAAUUAAGUGGAUGUUUGCGAUCAAUGCAGGAAUAUGCGAGAAGAAUAGCUCGCAUCACUAAGGAAUCUAAAUUGGAAAUUGACGAGGAUCAAUAUGUCGCAUCAUUCAAGCCACAUUUAAUGGAUGUCAUACACAAUUGGUGUACUGGGAUGUCGUUUGCUGAAAUCCUUAAGAAGACUGAUGUUUUUGAAGGAUCGAUAAUUCGUUGUAUGCGGCGUUGUGAAGAAUUACUUCGUCAGAUGGUAAAUGCAUCAAAAGCAAUCGGUAAUACGGAUCUUGAAAAGCGUUUUGAAACUGCAAGAUUGAAAAUGAAGCGUGAUAUAGUUUUCACCGCUUCUCUGUAUUUGUAA